AUGUGGCACGAGGCCCGCAAGCACGAGCGCAAGCUGCGGGGGAUGAUGGUGGACUACAAGAAGCGAGCGGAGCGCCGCAGGGAAUACUACGAGAAGAUCAAAAAGGACCCGGCCCAGUUUCUCCAGGUGCACGGCCGGGCCUGCAAGGUCCACCUGGACUCAGCCGUCGCGUUGGCCGCCGAGAGCCCCGUCAACAUGAUGCCCUGGCAGGGGGACACGAACAACAUGAUCGACCGUUUCGAUGUGCGGGCUCACCUGGACUAUAUCCCCAUGUACACCCCACCCCUGCUCCUUUCCAGCUCCCCUGAGCAGGAGUCUGAUGAGAGGAAGUGUAACUAUGAGCGGUACCGAGGCCUGGUGCAGAACGACUUUGCUGGCAUCUCGGAGGAGCAGUGUCUCUACCAGAUCUACAUCGAUGAGCUCUACGGGGGACUCCAGAAGCCGAACGAAGAUGAGAAAAAGAAGUUGGCGGAGAAAAAGGCCUCCAUCGGCUACACUUACGAAGACAGCACCGUGGCUGAGCUCGAGAACUCCUUGGAGAAACGGGGUGAGGAGGAAGAUUCCGAGGAAGACAGCAACACGGAUGAAGACGAAGUCAUCCCUGAUAUUGAUGUGGAAGUGGACGUGGACGAGCUGAACCAAGAGCAAGUGGCUGACCUGAACAAGCAAGCGACCACGUAUGGCAUGGCUGAGGGGGACUUUGUCAGGAUGUUGCGGAAGGACAAAGAGGAGGCAGAAGCUAUUAAAAAUGCCAAAGCCCUGGAAGAGGAAAAGGCGAUGUACUCGGGCCGUCGCUCUCGCCGCCAGAGGAGGGAGUUCAGGGAGAAACGCUUGAAAGGGAGGAAGAUCAGCCCGCCCAGCUAUGCACGGAGAGACAGCCCCACCUACGAUCCCUACAAACGCUCCCCCUCCGAGUCCACCUCCGAAUCACGCUCCCGUUCCCGCACCCCGUCUCCUGGCCACGAGGAGAAGAUCACCUUCAUCACCAGCUUCGGUGGCAGUGAUGAAGAAGCAGCAGCGGCAUCUGCACAAACCGGCGGCGUCCCUGGAAAAGCCACCGCGCUCGGCAAACAGCGCUCCACCCCAGGGCAGCUGGGCAGCGCCGCGGCAGGUCAUAGCACCUCGUCCCGGUCG